AUGGUUUCGUGGUCUAGUUGGUUAUGGCAUCUGCUUAACACGCAGAACGUCCCCAGUUCGAUCCUGGGCGAAAUCAUUUUUUUAUCGCUCAGUUUAAUGUCUUCCAUCAUAUUUCCUAAGCGUACAUCAUUUCAAAUCAAACUAAGGGUGAUGUAG